CCGAGCAGCAGCGGCAUGGGCAGCGCCAGCCCGGGCCUGAGUGGCGUCCCCCCAAGCCGCCUCCUGCUGCCCCCCGACACUGUGCUACGGACUGGCCUGGAGAAGGUGGCAGUGGGAGCAGGGGCAAUGGGGCCCGAGAGACGGGACUGGAGCCCCAGCCCACCUGCCACACCUGAGCAGGGCCUGUCCACCUUCUACCUCUCCUACUUCGACAUGCUGUUCUCCGAGGACAGCAGCUGGGUGGCCAAGGGCCCCGGGGCCAGCACUCGGGAGGAGCCGCCCGACGAGCCCGAGCAGUGCCCCGUCAUCGACAGCCAAGCCCCGGGGGGCAGCCUGGACCUGGCGCCGGGUGGGCUGACCCUGGAGGAGCAUUCACUGGAGCAGGUGCAGUCCAUGGUGGUGGGCGAGGUGCUCAAGGACAUCGAGACGGCCUGCAAGCUGCUCAACAUCACGGCAGACCCCGUGGACUGGAGCCCUGGCAACGUGCAGAAGUGGCUCCUGUGGACAGAGCACCAGUACCGGCUGCCCUCCGUGGGCAAGGCCUUCCAGGAGCUGGGGGGUAAGGAGCUGUGUGCCAUGUCGGAGGAGCAGUUCCGCCAGCGCUCGCCCCUGGGCGGGGACGUGCUGCACGCCCACCUGGACAUCUGGAAAUCAGCGGCCUGGAUGAAAGAGAGGACGUCCCUGGGGGCGAUUCACUACUGUGCGUCGACCAGCGAAGAGAGCUGGACGGACAGCGAGGUGGACUCAUCCUGUUCCGGGCAGCCCAUCCACCUGUGGCAGUUUCUCAAGGAACUGCUGCUGAAGCCACACAGCUAUGGCCGCUUCAUCCGGUGGCUCAACAAGGAGAAGGGCAUCUUCAAAAUCGAGGACUCCGCGCAGGUGGCCCGGCUGUGGGGCAUCCGCAAGAACCGCCCCGCCAUGAACUACGACAAGCUGAGCCGCUCCAUCCGCCAGUAUUACAAGAAGGGCAUCAUCCGCAAGCCGGACAUCUCCCAGCGCCUGGUCUACCAGUUCGUGCACCCCAUCUGAGUGCUGCGGCCAGGCCCUGGGCCCGAACCUUGCCCUCGCCAGACCUCCCUCCUGCCUGCCCUGCCUCAGCCAGACCCCGAGCUGGGGGACAGGGCAGUCUGCUGGCAUCCGGAGUUCAAGGUCAGGGAGGGGAUGGCCCCUCGCUCCACAGGUGUCAGUGAGCUCUCUGGGGCCCAAGGGACCCCAGCGUGGGCGUGCUUUCUCUUUGGGCCCGACUGCUCCUGCGCCCAGUCCACUGGAGGACGGCGGAAGCCAGGGCUGUUCUCAGUGUUCAUGGCACCCCAGGGAAGGCCCUCCCUCCACCCAGCCUCUGACCCCAGAAGUUCCAGAGCAGAGCCAACAGAACGGCAGUGACUUGGCCAAGGCCACUCGCAGUCCAGUGCCCUCUGCCACCCAUUCUGUACCGUGCCUGGCAUGGUGCGGGGACAUCUACACCCCCAAGUUGGGAAGCCAGGGGUGCCCUGGGGAUGGAUAAUAAAGAUACUAGAGAAUUGACGUGGCCCCAGUGUCCUACGUACGGUGAGGCAGUGGCACAGCCUGGAGGCCAUCAAUGCUCAAAAGGCUGUGGUCACAGGGGCCUGAGGUGGUCAAGGGAG